AUGGAUUAUGUUAUUCAACUGCACGUGGUUGAGGUCGCUAUUAGGUCUUCCGGCCUCGGACAAGUGUGUGCCUUUGGCUUUGGUCUGGCCACGUUGCACGACGAUGAGCUGCUGCGUUCUUUCGGCCAGUACUUGAUCGUAUUUUCGUUGUUCCACUUUUCGGAGUACGCCACCACCGCUCUAUGCAACCCCAGGUUCCUCAGCAUCGACUCAUUUUUGCUCAAUCACUCCAUUCAGUACUGGUUGGCGGCGUUUAGCUGUUGGCUGGAGUUCUUCACCGAGUUGCGCUUAUUUCCAGGCCUUAAAAUGCUGAAGCUCAUUUCGCUGUUUGGUCUUAUUUUGUGCAUAGUAGGCGAAACGAUCAGAAAGCUGGCCAUGGUCCAAGCAGGAAGCAACUUCAGUCACCUGAUUGCUUUUAAAAAGGAGCCGAGUCACCGUCUAAUUACUUCCGGCAUUUACUCCAUCGUCCGGCAUCCGUCGUAUGUCGGAUGGUUCCUGUGGUGUGUCGGAACUCAGGUACUACUGGUUAAUCCGAUUUGCACAGUCAUAUUUGCCGUUGUCAGUUGGCGAUUUUUUAAUGAACGGAUAUUUUUGGAAGAACAGACGCUCGUCGCAUUUUUUGGCAUGGAAUACGUGAAUUAUCAAAAGAAAGUGAGGUGUGGCUUGCCGUGGAUUGAAGGGUUCAAAAUUUGA